CGUCCACAUCUACACAUUAGCUAAAGAUAGGUAGGGCAAGAUAACGAGAAACAGUUUUAGGAAGGUAAGGCGAGCCUUUUAAAACAAGGUUGAUGAUUUUAUCAAUCAUUGUUAUAGUUUAAUAAAGGGUAAAAUAUUAUCCUGUAGUUUAUGGACGACCAGCUGUUUUGAAGAAUAUUUGAACUGCCUCAGGUAAAGUUGAAUUCAAAAUGUCCCUGCACGGGAAAAUAGUUGUAAUCAAAAGGAGUGGCGGAGAUGGGACUGAGUUUCCUCUGACUGCAUCAUGCUUAUUUGGAAGGAAACCUGACUGCGACAUUCGCAUUCAACUUCCUCAUGUCUCCAAGGAGCAUUGCAGGAUUGAGUUGAAUGAAAAUAAAGAGGUUAUUUUAACUAAUUUGAGUUCAACGAACCCGACCCGUGUCAAUGGGGAGGUUUUUCAGCAGUCUGAACGUUUGAAACAUGGAGAUGUAAUCACAAUUAUUGACCGUUCUUUCAGGUUUGAAUACCCUCCAGCACCCACUCCAAAGAAAAAUCGAUAUUCUACUGCUAGCAAAAGUGAAACUCCUCAGGUUUUACAUGAAACCCAAGCAAGGGAUACCAGUGCUAAAGAUGGAACCAACACUUCUGAUGUCAAACCCAAGGAGGAUGGAAGUCUUGAACAGAACAAGCCAAGCUCCCCUUUCUGUGAGCUGUACCAAAUGUUCAAACAAGAUCUGGAUUCCAAGACUCCAAAGAAAGCACUUGGAACACCUGCUUCGAGGCUUUGCCCACAGAACCCUAUCUCAACCAGGAAAGUGGAUGGGGCGUCUGUCAUUUCCACACCCAAGAAGGCGGAGACUGAAAAUGUGUCACCUGUCACUGGAGUGACUCCAAAAUCAGCUCAGAAGAAGCGAAAGUCCCUCAAAGGUCGGGUUGUUGAGGGGAAUGUGCCAGUCGACGAUUUCAUCCAACUGCCUCCAUCUAUUCUUGAAACUCCCAAAGGUAAAAGGCGUUCUUCAAAGUCCAUAACACCCACCACUGUUGAAGAAAAAUCCGCCCCUGUUUCUCAGAGGAAAAGUCACCUGGCAACCCCCGAGAAGUUCACUGCUAGUGAAGUGGCUGAGCAGAUUUCUGAGUGUCCGACUGCAGAAAUCCUUACGACCCCCACUCGGAGGAGGAGUAGGGAAGCCACUCCUAUCAAAUCUUUGAUAACUGGGGUAGAACCACCUGCUGAUGCUUUCGUCUCAAACCAAGACCAGAUCGUACUAACUGAGAAUUCCACGCCAAGUACUCCUAAGACCGAGCACUCCCGCUCUCCAAGGCCUGCUGGGGAAAAGCUUCAAGCCCAGGAUGUGCUUUGUGAGCUGGAGGUGACCGCACCCAUCAAUGUUAAACAGUCGUCUGCUAAGAAACGGAAGAGUGGAGACCUUGAAACUGAAUUUCCAACACCUCUGUGCAAGAGGAAAAGGGUUUCAUUUGGAGGUCAUUUGGAGCCGGAACUGUUCGAUAAACGUCUUCCUCCUGACUCCCCACUAUGCAAAGGUGCCACUCCUGGACGGCGAAGCUUGUGUGCCCCCAAAAUGAAACAGUCACUCCUCAGGAGAGCGUCUGCAAUUGGUCUGAUAAAGGAGCAUGAACAAUCUGCCCCAGAGAGUCUUAGCGUGAAAGGAAGUCCAGGAAAGAAGGCAUCUCCCAAGACUCCCUCGCCUGCCAAGAAGUCGCCGAAGGCAUCUCCCAAGACUCCCUCGCCUGCCAAGAAGUCGCCAAAGGCAUCUGCCAAGACUCCCUCGCCUGCCAAGAAGUCGCCGAAGGCAUCUGCCAAGACUCCCUCGCCUGUCAAGAAGUCGCCGAAGGCGUCUGCCAAGACUCCCUCGCCCACCAAGUCGCCAAAGGCGUCUGCCAAGACUCCCUCACCCGCCAAGUCACCGAAGGCGUCUGCCAAGACUCCCUCGUCUGCCAAGAAGUCACCAAAAGCUAAAACGCCAUCUCCAGGUAAAGAGAAGACCCUGAAAACUGCUGUCAAGACUCCAUCUCCUGCUCGAAGAAAGUCUACAUUAAAAGAUGAAUCUCAAACACCCAAGGCUGGGAAAACUCCCAAGACCCCUGCAAGUUUGCCAUCAGCCAACACGACACCCACCAUGCAAGGCCGGUUCUCAGUGUCCCUCGUCAGCACUCCAUCACCCACCGCAGACCAGGACUCUGUCCUACAGCCGUCUGUCACUGUAACGCCUCGUGUUCCUUUGAGGCGAACGACAAUGUCGUCUACCUCGAAGACGACACAGAAAAGCGCAAUGAAAAAUUCCCUUCAAGUCAUCCGUAGAAGAAGUGGUGUUUCUCGGGCAUCUAUGAAAGUUGUGAAUUCCUGGGCUGACAUUGUGAAGUUUGGCCAGACCAAGACCCAAGCUGUUAUCCCAACCAAGAAAACCACCCGAGUGACUAAGACGAAGACUGUUGUACCAAAACCGAAGACACCUGUGAGGAAACUCAUAGGACAUGUCAGCACUGGUCAUGCCGAUUCACCUGUGACUAUUGUUGUGGGCAAAGCUCACAGGCUGAAAGCCAUUCAGCCAAGUGGGGCCGCCCCAAAGCUUGUCCACAACAUUGCUGUGCUAAAAAAGAACAUGAAAAUGGAUGAGGAUUUGUCAGGCAUCGCAGACAUUUUCAAGACCCCUGCUAGGCAGAGGAAGUCUGUGGUCAAUGUGCAGAGUGCCCUCAAGACCCCCCUGAGAGCCCAGUCUACAUCUAUGAUUGAAUCAUCAGGGAUGAAUACCCCAGAGGAGACUGGUGAAAUGGUGGUGUCUCCACUUGUUUUUUCUACUGCUAAACGGGGAGCGUACAACAGCGAUGCAGUCACUAGACUCCUUCGGGAUGGUCAAGAAUCCAGUUUCAUCACGGAGGAAGCUGAUGACUCCCGUACUACACAAAAUGAGAUUCUUGCCUUAGAGAGGUCUUCAGAGGAAUCGAAGGAAGAACAGCGGCCAGAAUCAAAAAAAUCUAUUUCGACUCCCAAACAGAAGAAACCCGAACAACCCGAGUGUCUCACUGGAGUGAAGAGGAUCAUGAAGACCCCAAGACAGAAGGUGCAACCCAUUGAAGACCUCAGAGGAAAACUGAUGACAACUCCAAGAGGGCCUAAAGCUUCUCAGGAAGUAAGCUUAGUUGGUGUAAAGGAACUGCUGACCACCCCCAAACAAAUUGCUGGACCUGUUGAAGAGAUGUCUGGGAAAGUCCAAGAUGACAACGUCCACAGCGAGACAAAAGAGAUUCACGGUGACGCUAUUUCUCCUAAAUGCCUCUCAGGUAAUGUUGAAUUCAAAAUGCCCCUGUUCGGGAAAAUAGUUGUAAUCAAAAGGAGUGGCGGAGAUGGGACUGAGUUUCCUCUGACUGCAUCAUGCUUAUUUGGAAGGAAACCUGACUGCGACAUUUGCGUUAAACUUCCCGAAGUAUCCAAGGAGCAUUGCAGGAUUGAGUUGAAUGAAAAUAACAAGGUUAUUUUAACUAAUUUGAGUUCAACGAACCCGACCCGUGUCAAUGGAGAGGUUUUGCAGCUGUCUGAACAUUUAAAACAUGGGGAUCUAAUCACAAUUAUUGACCGUUCUUUCAGGUUUGAAUACCCUCAAGCACCCACUCCAAAGAGAAAUAGAUCUUCUAAACAGAACACUCCAAGAGGGCCUAAGGCUCUUCAGAAAGUAAGCUUAGAUGUUGUGAAGACCCCCAAGCACGUCGUUCAACCUGUUGAAGAAAUUUCUGGUGACGCCCAAGAGAUUCCUGAUGCCAUGACAACCGAGGCAGUGGAAGAGCUUGCUGCUGCUCUUGCUGAGGCAGUGGAGGAAGAACAACCUACUCCUCUUGCUGAGGCAGUGCAGAAGGUAGAAGAGCCAGUUUCUGCACAUGCUGAGGCAGUGGAGGAGAAACAACCUGCUCCUCUUACUGAGGCAGUGCAGGAGGUAGAGACCGUUUCUGCACCUGCUGAGGCAGUGAAGGAAGAGCAACCUGCUCUUCUUGCUGAGGCAGUGCAGGAGGUAGAAGUGCCAGUUUCUGCACCUGCUGAGGCAGUGAAGGAAGAGCAACCUGCUCUUCUUGCUGAGGCAGUGCAAGAGGUAGAAGUGCCAGUUUCUGCACCUGCUGAGGCAGUGAAGGAAGAGCAACCUGCUCUUCUUGCUGAGGCAGUGCAGGAGGUAGAAGAGCCAGCUCUUGCACCUGCUGAGGCAGUGGAGGAAGAACAACCUGCUCCUCUUGCUGAGCCCGUUGCCGCACCUGCUGAGGUAGUGGAGGAAGAACAACAUGCUCCUCUUGCUGAGCCCAUUGCUGCACCUGCUGAGGCAGUGGAGAUGGUACAUCUUGACAGUGAAGAGCCUUCUGUUCCAGUAAAAGGUAGAGUAAAGAAAACUGAGGGGAUUGUGCCACCAUCUGCUAGAGGGAGAUCGGCAAGGCGUAAUGAGACCAGUAGCGUUGAGGCACCAGCAGAAACGAUGGACUCUGUGGAUGUCCAGGAGAAAAUGGCAGUUGACCCAGUUCCUGCUGAAAAGCUCAAGAGAGGAAGAAAGGCCAAAGAGGCUUCUGUAGAGAGAGUUGAAUCAGUGCAGGAGAACGCUGUUGAAAGUGAGAGUGCUGAAAUUCCUCCAAUUGAGGACCAGCAGCCAACUUCUGAUGUCCCCGUGGAGAAACCCAGAAGAGGAAGAAAGGCCAAACAGGCUUCUGUAGAACAAGUUGAAACCGUGUUGAAGAACACUGAAGCUGUGAGUGUUCCUGUCACUGAGACGUUUGAGGCCCAGACUCCAGUCGUUAGGUCUGAGAGAGGAAGUAAGCCUAAACAGGAUUCAGUAGAAGAAGUUGAAGCGGGGGUUCUUGAAAUUCCUCCAAUUAAGAUUGUGGAAGCCAAGGAGAUGCCUGCUAGUGUUCCUGUUGAGAAACCACAGGCAAGAGGAAAACGGGGUAAACAGGAAUCUGAAGAAACCAAAACAAUGGAAGAAAAUGUUGUGGCGGUUGAUAUUCCUACAGAAGAGGUGGAGGCCUCAGUCCUGUUUGCAAAACCCAUAAGAGGAAGAAAGACUAAGCAGGAGCCUGUAGAUCAAGUGGAGUCUGUGAGUGUUGAAACUCCCAUUGAACAAGUUGAGGCCCAGGAGCAGGCCACUGUGGCUCCAGUUGAGAAACCCAAAAGAGGGGGAAGAAAGACUAAGCAGGCUUCUAUAGAGAAAGUUGAGCCUGUUGAGGAUCACCCCGUUGAGUCUCUGACUGUUGAACUCCAGGAGCAGACUACUGUGGCCCCAGUUGAGAAACCCAAAAGAGGGGGAAGGAAGACUAAGCAGGCUUCUAUAGAGAAAGUUGAGCCUGUUGAGGAUCACCCCGUUGAGUCUCUGACUGUUGAACUUCAGGAGCAGACUACUGUGGCCCCAGUUGAGAAACCCAAAAGAGGGGGAAGGAAGACUAAGCAGGCUUUUAUAGAGAAAGUUGAGCCUGUUGAGGAUCACCCCGUUGAGUCUCUGACUGUUGAACUCCAGGAGCAGGCCACUGUGGCUCCAGUUGAGAAACCCAAAAGAGGGGGAAGAAAGACUAAGCAGGCUUCUGUAGAGCAAGUUGAGGAUCACCCCGUUGAGUCUCUGACUGUUGAAGCCAAGGAGCAGACCACUGUGGCUCCAGUUGAGAAGCCCAAAAGAGGGGGAAGAAAGACUAAGCAAGCUUCUGUAGAGCAAGUUGAGCCUGUUGAGGAUCACCCUGUUGAAGCCCAGGAGCAGACUACUGUGGCCCCAGUUGAGAAACCCAAAAGAGGGGGAAGGAAGACUAAGCAGGCUUCUGUAGAGCAAGUUGAAGAUCACCCCGUUGAGUCUCUGACUGUUGAAUUCCAGGAGCAGACUACUGUGGCCCCAGUUGAGAAACCCAAAAGAGGGGGAAGAAGGACUAAACAGGACCCUGGGUGUGUCCCGCCAGUAUCCACAGAGACUCCGGCGGAAACAUCUGCUCCCCCUACAGAGAACCCUAAAAGAGGAGGAAGAAGAGCAAAGCAGCAGAAGGUUCCUGAAGUGGUGGAAGUUGAGAACAUGGUAGUGCAGGAGGUCCACCUUCCUGCACAAACUGAGGUUGAUGCUAGACCAGAGUGUGAAGAGGCUGAUGCUGAAGAACUGCUGGAAGCUCCGGUUGUCAAACAAGGAUGGAGAAGGAAGGCAAAAGCCGUUGUGAAGGAUGAAGUGCCUGCCAAGCGAGCACGCAGAGGAGCAGCUGAUUCCACAAAGGUGCCCACUGUUGCAGAAGCAACUGUGGAAGUUCCAACUGAGCCUGUCAAGCGAGGUAGAAGGGCAGCUAAAUCCAUAGUCUCUGCAGAUGAAACCACCAUUGCAGCUGAGAGCACUCCGUUGGAGGCUGAGGUAACAGACACGGAGGUUAUGACUGCUGUGGUUAGAAGUGGAAAAGCCCCUAAAAGGGGAAAUGCUGUUUCUGAAACGACCAUUGACGAAGACUCAAAAAAGACCUCAAAAUCUGUGAAUUGGAAACCUGAUUUGGAAGUUACACACAAGGUCACCCCUCUUCCUAAAAGGAAGACAUCCAGACGGAAUGAUACUGUUCCUGUUACUAAGGUUGAACAGCCUGAACGGAGUGAAGAACAGCAGGUUGUGAAGACAGUGCGAGGGAGAAGAGCAAGAUCUUACGUCGCGGUCAAAGAGGAGACCGUACAAUCAACACCCUCAAAAAGGGCACGCCAUAGCACAAUAGAGACCUCUGCUGCUGAAGCCACGGUCCCCAUUUCAAAGCCAGUAAACGAAAGAAAUGCAGCAAGAUCUAUGACAACUGAAGAGGCAGAUCUCUCUGAUAAAGCUGUUCCAAAGGAGCCUGUCAAGAAAACAAGACGUGCAGCAAAGUCUACUGCAGCAGCUCCCGUUGAGGCCACGAGCACUACUCCUGCUGUCCCGGAGGGAGAGACCAUCCCCGAUGCCACAGUUGUGGCUGCUACAAAAGGAAGAGGUAAAGCGACAAAAGGAAAAGCGGUAUCUCAGGAAAUUGACAUUGAGCAAGGUACUGAGUCGGAGCAGCCGUGUAAGCCCCGCAGAGGGAGAGCGGCAAGGAAAUAGAGCUUAGGCAGUCAUAGGCAGAUUUUUGUUUGUUUUUAAUGCUUUGUUAUAGAAAUGCUAAUGCUCAACUUAUUAUUUUUUUUGUACUUGCCUGGAGUUACAGAUGUAUAAUUGAAGGCCAGUGCUUUACAAUAUUAUUCUGAUUUUUGGUCUUAAUUGUGGUUAGUUUUGCUACAUUCUCUGAAUAUUUUUUUACAUUUUUAAAGAAUUUUGUAUUUAGACUGAAAAUAGUUUGGGUGAAAUUAUUCAUAUUAAAAAUCAAAAAAUUAA